AGAGCUUCCGGUGGGAGGGGAUGUGUGGACACACAGGCGGGCUGGGCACCAUGGAACCUUCCAGACCAAUGUGAAACAGCAGGUCACCAUGCAGGCAGCGGCCUUCAAAGACAAGCACCGGGGGGAGACAGGCGACAACAAAGGUGCCUCUGACCCUGAGUAUGAGAAUAUCACACUGUCCUUCCGAGACCGGGACCAGCCCAAGUGUGGUCAUCCAGGGCCCACGAAACGAGCCCUAGUGCAGCCCAGGUCACCCCCGGACAGCGCCCAGGUCCCCGUGCGGCUGCAGAGGUCCAUCAUGGGCCUGUAUGUGCUCCUCAUCCUGAUGUUGCUGUUCUCCCUGGUUCUCUCCACUUUGGUAUUGCUAAAGAAUGCUGAGAUGUCCAGAGAGAUACAGGGCUUGAAAAGGGAGUUUUCCAACGUCUCACACUCAGCGCUGCAGUGCCAGGAAGAACAAAGGAAGGGCUGGGCCACCAUCCACAGGAACAUCGGGGAAGUCACCAAGAGUAUCACCACAGUCCAGAGCCUCAUUGAAGCCAUGAACCAGAAACUGAAGUCAGCGCCCACAGAAAUAACACAAAUCAACAGAAACACACAGAAAAUCCUUGAGGUGCUGGAGAAGAAGACAAACACGGAGCCCAUUAAAUAAGAGCGUGCUGCAGUCACAGCUGGGAGAACAGGAUCUGCAGCUGCUAGAGAGAUGGGAGACGGGCUUCCGGCCAACCUCGCACCUGCCUCUCAUCGUAGGGACGGCAAACUGUGUCAGGGUGGAUGUGGGAGGUGGGGUUGUGUGUGUGUGUGUGUAUGUGUGUGCCACUGAAAGAGCACUUUAUGGAGGGUGACAACUUCCCUGUGACCCAAGGAAGGUGCGUGGGUGGUGUGUAUGUCCAUGCUGCAUGUGACACAUGUGUGUGGCAUGACGUGUGAGCACAGUCAUCUCUCAGUGGGCGGCUGUGUCAGCGACGACCCCACGAGUGUGUCACUGUGUGUGGGUGGGUGCAUGUGACACCUGCCUCUGUCAGCACCCUCAACCCCGAGCACAUGGUGCUUGCUGUAAAGGCGGGUGUUGCCACGUGCGCCCUGCCACUGCUUCUGUGUCAGUGGGUGCAUUCAAAUCCCACGCACGAGUGUCCAUUCAUUCCUACACUGUUUUGAGGUUAACAAAGAUAAAA